AUGAAGUUCGGCUUCCGAUUCGCCUCCGCCGCCAUUACAGCGCUGCUGCUAGUCUUCUCCUCCUCCUUCCCGCCGCCUGUUUCCGGUAGGUUCUUCCCAAACAUAACCUCCCUCCCGCGCGAUUUACCUCUCAAGCCCAAUUUCACCACCGCCUGGGAGUCCUUCCAGAACCUCUCCGGCUGCCGUGCCGGCGAGAAGCUCGACGGCCUCUCCAAGCUCAAGAAGUACUUCCACCACUUCGGCUACAUCCCGGACAACGCCUACAAUCUCACGGAUCUGUUCGACGACUCGCUCGAAUCCGCCGUGAAGACCUACCAGAGGAACUUCAAUCUCAACGUCACGGGCCAGCUCGACGACCGGACCCUCCGCCAGAUCGUACUCCCCAGAUGCGGCAACGCCGACAUAGUCAACGGCUCCACGACGAUGAACUCCGGCCGGCCGGCCAAUUCGACGGGCCAGAUCCACAGUGUGGGCCGGUACUCGUUCUUCCCCGGGACCCCGCGCUGGCCGGCGAGCCGUCGGGAUCUGACCUACGCCUUCCUCCCGAACAACCGGCUUUCGCCGGAGGUGAGGAGCGUGUUCGCCACCGCGUUCGACCGCUGGUCGGAGGUCGCGACGCUGACGUUCACGGAGACGGACAGCUACCUGACCGCCGACAUCCGGGUCGGGUUCUUCAGCGGCGACCACGGCGACGGGGAGGCGUUCGACGGCGUCCUGGGGACCCUGGCCCACGCGUUCUCGCCGCCGAGCGGGCGGCUCCACCUCGACGGCGACGAGAACUGGGUGGUCGCGGGAUCCAACGGCGACAUCGCGCUGCCGUCGGCCGUGGAUCUGGAGUCGGUGGCGGUGCACGAGAUCGGGCACUUGUUGGGGUUGGGCCACUCGUCGAUUGAGUCGGCGAUCAUGUUCCCGACCAUUUCGUCGCGGACUCGAAAGGUUGAAUUGGCGCAGGACGACAUCGACGGCGUGCAGCAGUUGUACGGCAGCAACCCCAACUUCAACGGCACAUCUACACCGUCCGUUCAGGAGAGGGAUACGAGUGGGGCCCAUGUUGAGGAGAGAUGGGGAUUUGUUACUCUAAUUCUGGCCGUUGGAUUGAUAUUGCUUUGUGUAUAG